AUGGCACGCACGGAGGAGGUCUGGUCUGCCGUGCCAUCAGCCCGCUACGCGUGGUCUCAGUGGUCCUUCCAAGCACAGGACCCAGGGCACCUGGCUUCAGACGGCGCUGACAUCGUGAUGACAAAGACAGCUGUGCCAGGUCCCUCUCCACAGAUAGAGAGAGAAAGGAGCAAUUUCAGACUCUGCAGUGAGUGUACGUCUCGUGCACAUAUUGGUAAUAGCACCGUGCCGGGGUCUCGGUGUGAUCUUCCUGUUGCUCAUUUGCUGGCAAGUGUGAAACGCAAAUCCCUCUGGGCUUCUGUCUCCUCUCAGUAUUCACAGGAGCAUGAAGGCUCCUGUGCAGAGGGGAGGGUGAGAGCUGGCAGACAGCAGGGAGCUUUGUCUCCUCCUUUGUCUGGAGUUUAUGGGUUAAAAAAUCUGCUUAUUCGAGAGGCUUUACAGGGAGAGUCAGCUCACCGCAACCACCCUGAACCCUGCCUCACCUCAUCUUGGGGGCUGGCGUGGGGUACGACACCCGCCCUGUUCGAGUGCAGAGGCCGCUGCACCAACGCUGUGGCUCCAUCGAACCUGGCCAUGCUGGGGCGGGGGCACGGGGUCUGGGAGGAGGUUCCCCAGGGUGAGUUUGGCCUGGAGGGCUCGGAGCAGUUGCCCCCGUCCGGGGCCCACCGGGCGAUGGUUCCCACCCUGCCCCUUUCCCGUGGUGCGAUGGUUCCAGUCCAAACCCCGUCAGCUCUCUGGAAAUGGCAAGUUGAAAAGAAUGAGGACGGGGACCAAAAGAUCGAGCAAGAUGGCAUCAAACCAGAAGAUAAAGCUCAUAAGGCAGCCACCAAAAUCCAGGCCAGCUUCCGCGGACACAUAACAAGGAAAAAGCUCAAGGGGGAGAAGAAGGGAGAUGCCCCGGCAUCUGAGACUGAUGCCGCCGACAAGAAGGAGGAAGGCCCUGCUGGUGGAGCGGCCGAGAACAAAGAGAGUGAGGCUCCCACUGCCACAGAAGCAGCCGCCGCUGACCGUGCCCAGCUGGAGGAGGGCAGCAAAGACAGCAGCGUGCCAGCGGAGGAGAAAAAAGCGGCUGCCACUCCUGCUGCCUCCUCGGAGGAAAACCCCCCUCCUGCCGCUGCCGCCGAAACGGAAAGUGCCACUAAAGCUUCCACUGAUAACUCACCGUCCUUGAAGGCUGACGAAGCCCAAGACAAAGAGGAGCCUAAACAAGCCGACGUGCCUGCUGCUGACACCACUGCCACCACCACCCCUGCCGCAGAGGAUGCUACUGCCAAGGCAACAGCGCAACCCCAAAUGGAGACAGUGGAGAGCAGCCAAACCGAAGAGAAGACAGAUGCUGUAGAAGAAACCAAACCUACUGAAAGUGCCCAGCAGGAAGAGGUGAAAGAAGAAGAGAGCAAGGCGGACCAAGAAAAUGCCUGAACAUUAAGAAAUGACUCCCCAUUGCCCCUCCCUCCCUCCCCCUAUCCUCUAUCCUUCCUUCCCACCCCAAUCUCGAUCUCCCCCCUUCCUGCUCACAUCUGUGAGCCUGUCGGUCCCUCUCCCAUUCCCACUUAAACCCUUUUUCUCUCUGUGUGGCAAACAUUUAAAGAAAAAAAAAAAAAAAGCAGGAAAAAUCCCAGUCAAACAGUGUGGCUUAAACAUUUCUUUGUUUCUUGGUGUUGUUAUGGCGAGUUUUUUGGUAAUGAUGAUCCAAUCAUUUUGGGAAAAUUCUUGCACUGUAUCAGAGUUCUUUGACCUGGCGCGUGCGUGUGUCUGUCUGCCCACCACGAGCGCGCUCUCUCUCUCUCUCCCCCCUCUCUCUCUUCUCCAAGUGUGUGUGUGUGCAAUGUUACGUUCAUCCGAGGAGUCCAGACUUACCGAGUGAGUUAAAAUGAAAGAGGGGAAAAAAAAAAAAUCCUUUUCUUCCUUUUUCAAUGUGAUGGAAUGAACGAAAGAAAAAAAAAAAAAACACCAAACCAAACAAACAAAUGAACGAAAAAUCUUACUAAACCCCAGUUUGUUUUCAGAACUAAAACAACAAAAAAAAAUGUGCCAAUAGCAUAAUGCUUGGCUCCAGGCUCCUUUUUCAAACUGAACAAUAAUUAUAAUAAAUGAGAAUAAUGAUCAUUAAUA